AUGAAAGUUUGGUCCCGUAAUCGCAACACUAGAGAUGGAGGAGUUGAAUUCGUACAUCGAAAGCUGCCACACAAUCAAAGCACUAUUGCCGGAAUGUUCAAUGAGUGCGAAGUGGAAGCAAUACGAAGUGCAGUUGGCUCGAUGACUACACGUGGCAGUGAUGCUGGAGAAGGAAAAGCCACAUCUUCAGACCCAACACCGGUCACAGAGUGCGCGUUCAAGGCCUGCAGUGAUUCGCUUCGAAAACGCAUAGACGACACUAUAGCACUUCUGGAGAAGGAUAAAACUUUGACGGGGAAUUUCAUCAAAGCUAUCGAAGCGCUCAGAGAAAAGGAAGUUCUCUUUUUUGAAAAGAUCGAUUGCGGCAGUUUCAAGGAAUCCCGAGAUUUCCUAUUGCCAAGUGAUACUAAUGUCUACACUUUGCUUGCCGUUGUAUGGCGUCUCAGUCGCUUAAAUUUUUUCGAGCCCGAUUUCGGUUCCAACAUGCUCGGUAUGUUGAUGACUCUAAAAGAGUCAUUGCGUCAAGCCGAGAUUGUCAGAGACACUACGAAUCGGGCUGUCGAAGAUCCUCAAUGUCGACCCGAAGCUGCAUUUAAGCUUCGCGCUCUCGCUGACUGUGCCAAAUGGGAACGUGACCAGUCACGUGACUUGAUUAAGGAAUAUCUACCGAUACCAUGACAUCAAGUUGAUAUCUUCCUGUACUCUACAUCUGCUAUUAUGUUGUAUCGCACUACGUACCGCACUCCACCUUGCAUUAUUAUAGCAGUGGUAGAGUUGUUACCAUAUACACUCGUGAGUUACUCGUCAAAGAAGUGACAUUCCCACAAGGCUAUAUUCGUUUCUGUAUUUUGUGAC